AUGUCUCAGAAGGAUAAUCAGGUAGCUACAAAAAAUGCCGCCACCAUUGAUGAGGCCCUGGAGAAAGCACACUUUGGAUUAUUUAAUAUCCAAAUCAUAUUAUUUUCUGGUGUUGUCCUCAACAACAUCGUCUUGGAAUCAGUGGGCAUUAGUUUUGCUUUGCCGGUUGUGGCCUGUGAUCUGAAUCUUUCCUAUCAGCAACAGGGUGUUCUAGGAGCCAUAUGCUUUCUAGGCAUUAUUGCAAGUUCGCACUUUUGGGGCUUGCUUGCCGAUACGCAGGGUCGUAAGCGAACCAUGAAACCUACACUAUUACUGGCCUUUAUAGUGACACUUAUAUCAAGUUUUUCGGUGAAUUUCGAAAUGAUUGUCAUUCUGCGAUUUUUAAAUGGAAUCUUCAUUUCGGCAGCUUCGGCCACAAUAUACGCCUAUAUGGGUGAAUUCCAUUGUUCUAAGCAUCGUAAUAAUGCCAUAUUAUGGGGCUCACUGAUUGCAGCUUUCAGCGCUAUAUUCUUCCCCAUUAUCGCAUGGAUCUUCAUUAAUCAAACAUGGAGUUUUGAAAUACCCCUAUUGGGUAUAACCUACAGGCCAUGGCGUUUAUAUUUUGUUAUCUGUGGCAUACCAGGAUUUAUAUGUGGUAUACUCUUUAAAUUUUUGCCCGAAAGUCCAAAAUAUUUAUUAGGCAUGGAUAGACCUAGUGAAGCCCUGGAUAUUUUGAAGUAUAUGCACCACAAGAAUACAAAAGGAAAAAAUAAACUUAAAAAUGAUGUUUAUGAGAUAACCUCUUUGGUAGCUGAUUUGGAUACACCCAUACGCAAACUCAAGAACUCUACAAAUAUUAAAUCUUUGGGAGCCCUUUGGAUUAUGAUAUGGGAUCAAACAGCUCCUUUGUUUAUGAGCCAACAUAUACGUAAAACUGUAUUGGGUUCCAUUAUUCUAUUUAUUACUUUCUUUUCGGCUCAUGGAGUUUAUAUGUGGUUCCCCUAUAUCCUGAAUAAUGUUAUGCUAUAUGUGGAGCAAUCACAAGAGCCACGUUAUCUAUGUGAUAUGCUGCGAUAUACUCAAUCCUCGAAUUUUUCUACAAUGCAGGAUCAUAGUAUGAAUUCCUGUGUCACCAAAUUGGAGAUUUCCACUUAUACACACACUCUUGUUUUAGAGCUUAUCUAUGUUAGCCUGCUACUUUGCGUUAUUUAUGCUAAUCGCAAAUUUGAUCGUGUUCGUAUUUUAUUUAUAAUUCUCGGAGCCACUGGAGUUUGUGGGAUUUUAAGCCUGCUAACCACCGUUCCCUUAUUGGCGAUCUAUUUAUUUGUCAUUAUGCUGUGCUGUGGUCUUGGAACAAGUGUUAUGAAUACCAUACUUGUUGAUAUUUAUCCAACAAAUUUAAGAGCCAUGGCUGUUUGUAUUUCCCUAAUGUUAGGUCGCAUCGGCAGUGUGGUUGGAAGCAAUGCUUUAGGUGCCCUUAUAGAAACACAUUGUGAGGAAGCUCUCUAUAGUUCGGCCAUAUCCCUGAUUAUAGCUGGAUGCUUGGGAUUAUUAAUGCCAAAGCCAGCAAAAAGCCUUAAGGAUGCAGAAAUCAUAGAAAGUGGUACGCAAUAGGAGUAUGCUAAGCUGCCGGAACCAAAGAUGUUAGCAGCCAACUUAGGGUUACAAUUUAGAAUGAGCAGCAAAACAUCAAUGAUGGAUUUUUAAAAAGAAUUAAAAUUUUUUACACAUCGAAAAGCAAAAUUCAUAUACAUAGUUAAUUAUUUGCUAUUUUCCAUAUAAAAUUUUCUCCUUAUGGCUCAGGACAUGUUAGUCCCUU